GUGUGAACAUAACGAACGAAUAGUGGGCCGUUCGAAAAAAGCAAGGCCCACCUUCUCCUUAUAAACACCCCGCUCCUUCAACCCUAAUCUUUCACCCCAGACGUCUUUGUAUACGUCUCCACUCUCUCUCUCUCUCCCCACUCUCUCUCUCCCCCUCUCUUCACCAGCAACAACCGUCCAGCGAAAAUGAGAGAGUGCAUUUCGAUCCACAUCGGACAGGCCGGGAUCCAGGUCGGAAACGCCUGCUGGGAGCUCUACUGCCUCGAACACGGCAUUCAGCCCGAUGGGCAAAUGCCGAGCGACAAGACGGUGGGCGGCGGCGACGACGCGUUCAACACCUUCUUCAGCGAGACUGGCGCCGGGAAGCACGUCCCCCGCGCCGUCUUCGUAGAUCUGGAGCCCACCGUCAUCGACGAGGUCAGGACCGGCGCCUAUCGCCAGCUGUUCCACCCCGAGCAACUCAUCAGCGGCAAAGAAGACGCCGCCAACAACUUCGCCCGUGGCCACUACACCAUUGGGAAAGAGAUUGUGGAUCUGUGCCUGGACCGGAUCAGGAAGCUAGCGGAUAACUGCACGGGGCUUCAAGGGUUCUUGGUCUUCCAUGCUGUUGGUGGUGGGACCGGAUCUGGGCUUGGUUCUCUGCUUCUUGAAAGGCUUUCCGUCGACUACGGAAAGAAAUCAAAGCUAGGGUUUACUGUAUACCCUUCCCCUCAGAUCUCUACCUCUGUGGUUGAGCCUUACAACAGUGUUUUGUCCACUCAUUCCCUGUUGGAGCACACUGAUGUUGCUGUGCUUCUUGAUAAUGAGGCUAUCUACGAUAUCUGCCGUAGGUCUCUGGAUAUUGAGCGGCCCACUUACACCAAUCUCAACAGGCUUGUCUCUCAGGUCAUUUCCUCUCUGACUGCAUCUCUUCGGUUUGACGGAGCUCUGAAUGUGGAUGUGAAUGAGUUCCAGACCAAUUUAGUUCCAUACCCAAGAAUCCACUUCAUGCUUUCUUCGUAUGCUCCUGUGAUAUCUGCAGAGAAGGCCUAUCAUGAGCAGCUCUCAGUUGCAGAAAUCACAAACAGUGCUUUUGAGCCCUCUUCUAUGAUGGUCAAAUGCGACCCUCGCCAUGGAAAAUACAUGGCUUGCUGUCUGAUGUACCGAGGUGAUGUGGUUCCCAAAGAUGUGAAUGCUGCUGUGGCCACCAUUAAAACCAAGAGGACCAUUCAGUUUGUGGAUUGGUGCCCCACUGGGUUCAAGUGUGGUAUCAACUACCAGCCACCCACAGUGGUUCCGGGUGGUGAUUUGGCUAAGGUCCAGAGGGCUGUUUGCAUGAUUUCAAACUCGACGAGUGUGGCUGAGGUGUUCUCGAGGAUUGACCACAAGUUUGAUCUGAUGUAUGCGAAGAGGGCAUUUGUGCAUUGGUAUGUGGGUGAGGGUAUGGAGGAAGGCGAGUUUUCUGAGGCUAGGGAGGAUUUGGCUGCGCUGGAGAAGGAUUAUGAGGAAGUUGGGGCUGAGUCUGCUGAAGGAGAGGAUGAUGAGGGUGAUGAGUAUUAGGGUGGUGUUGGUGACUUGGUAUUAGUUUUUUGAAAUGGAAGCCAAUGGACCUUAUUGGUAGUAAUAUUGUAGUGGUUGUCCUGUUUUGUCUGAAUCAAUGUCUGUGUGUCGUUUGAAUUCUGAUCCCCAUUGAAGGCUUUUAUUUUCCCAA